GUUAAUUCAUAAUAUUAAUACUUUGAUUCUAUAUAAAUAGUAUUAAAAUAAGAAAUUAAGUCCAUCAGGGAAUGUCAGUAGAUUCAUCAACAAUUAUAUUUAAUGGUAAAGGAGAGGUUAAGCAUAAAUGACAUUUAAUUUGGUGUCUAAUUGUUUAGUUUUUUAACCCAAAAUGCAGAAUAUGAUCUAUAGUUUUAUAUUCAUUGUAGUGAUAUCUGAAAAAAUUUAAAUGAGAAGAAAAAACUAAUAUUUGUUAUCGUUAUCAAAUUUUGUUUUCAUGCAAAGUAAAAAAAAAAAUAUAUUGUUUUUGCAAAAGAAUUGGGAUUUAGAUUGCACAAAGUCAAUCAGAACUCAAAUACAGUCAAAUACAGGUUGUGUAGGGCAAGACCUGUUUAUAGUUUAAGAAAAUUAACAUAUGAGUGACUUGUAAUUUUCUUGUUUUAAACAAAUCUAACAAAUUAUGUUUGUGCUUAAAACAAUUAAAAAAAAAAUCAAUCCAUUAUUUAGCUAUUGACGAAUAAAUGUAAAAGAAGUGUCUGAAAUAUUUAAAUAUCAAGAACACUGUACAUCAUGUUGUUUAAAAACCAAGAAAAUCAAUAAAUACCUCAUAUACUGUUCACAAUAACCAAAAUAUGUCUUCCAUGGUGAGUUUUUUUCUUUCAGGUGAAUUGCUGUCAAGUCUGAACAUACAAUUGCAGUAUUGUAUAACAUGUUAAACAAGCACGUUUUAAAGAUGUUGAUGUAGCUGUAUAAGGGUGAAGUUUAAAUGAAUUUGCUACUUAGAUUGGAGCAGAAGUGCCCCUGUUAUUGAUUGUUGAAAAUCACCUUUCAUGCAGCGUGUAACACAGCUCUAAAUGAAUGAAAACAUCCUGCAAAGUUUUACAUCUUAAAGUGCACUGUGUAAAGUUAUUGUAUUUUAAAAGAAAGAGUCGAGUCAUAAGUCUCCGAGUCAUGAAAACAAGUAAUGUUUAAAACCAAUCUUUAGCUGCUUCAAGGUGAUGUCAAAAUUAAAACAUUACAAAAGGUACAUUUGUACCUUAAGGGUCCAUUUUGGUACCUUAAAGGUACAUAUUAGUACAUAAACUGUACUGUACAUAUUAGGACCCAGUAGUUACAAAAGUGUACCUUUUGAAAAGGUACAGCCCCUAGUGACAGCUUUUGUACCUUUAUUUCUGAGAGUGUGCCAAGUGAUUGACAGGCCAUUGACCAAUGAGAGCAGGCUUGAGGCGUGUUGACAUGAGUAGUCCCGCCCACCAUGAAGAAAUGCAGCAUGAUCAGGCAGAGGAAGAUCAGGACUGUGCGGGUAUGAAGAGCACAAGGGGACAUUCCUGAAAAUAAACUGCCGAAAACACAUGUGAAUCUGGAUCAGAAUGGCAAUGUUUAACAGUACUGGAAUACUGGAGACUGGAACUAAUGAUAGUCAAGUCUACCGUUGUACUUUAAAAGAACAAUUCAAGUACAUUCUCCUCCCGGUGAGUUACACUUUGGUGUUUGUGUUCGGUCUGGGGUUGAACAUCACGGCUAUGUACAUCAUCCUGUUUCGCACCAAACACUGGAAGCCCAGCACCAUCUACAUGAUCAACCUCAACGUCUGCGACACGCUUUACAUCCUCACCCUGCCGUUCCUCAUCUACUAUUACGCUGAUAAGAACGACUGGCCGUUCGGUGAGCUGAUGUGUAAGCUGAUUCGCUUUCUCUUCUACACAAACCUCUAUGGAAGCAUCCUCUUCCUCAGCUGCAUCAGUCUGCACCGGUUUCUAGGCAUCUGCCACCCGAUGCGCUCUUUGUACUGGAUGAACCGCCGGCGUGCUCGUAUGAUUUCUGUGGGAAUAUGGCUGAUCAUUCUCAUCUUACAGGCACCACUUCUUUAUUUCUCCCGGGUGAGACAAAAUGAUAAUGAUCUGGUCUGUCAUGACACCACCAUCAAGGAGCUCUUCAAUGACUUUCUGGUCUACAGCACGGUGGUGAUGUUUCUGCUUUUUGUCCUACCGUUUGGGGUGGUGCUGGUCUGCAGUGGCCUGAUGGUGAAGAAACUUCUUGAUCCCGGAGAUCUCAGAGAACCAAUGUCACAGUGUUCCAAACAGAAGUCGGUGAAGAUGAUUGUUAUUGUGCUCUUGGCUUUCAUGGUGUGCUUCUUGCCUUUCCAUGUGAACCGCAGUAUAUACUACACAUUACGUUACCUUGACAAACACGACUGCAGCAUAAUACGUCUCUCCAAUAAUAUCUACAAGGUCACGCGACCUCUGGCCAGUCUCAACAGCUGCAUUGACCCCAUCCUCUACUUCAUGGCAGGACAGAGCUUCAGAAACAGCUUCAACAAGAAAUCAAGAAUAAAGACUCACAAAUAACAUUCAUUAUUAUAGUAAAAAAUCUGGAUUUUUACAAAUAUCUGUAUUUCAUAUAAUGACAUGGGAAGAUCCUGGCCAGGAUUUCUAAACUGGCUAAAAUGUGUUCCAUUUGUGUUGCAUUGCCGUUUUCUGUAGAUCCCAUCUUCUUAGAUGCCACGAUCGGUCGAUUAUGCAUAAUGCCUGAAGCCAUUGGUCAAACUACUUUAUGUCAUUACUUCUUUAACAAGUAUAAAAACAAUGCCAGAACCAGACAUUAAAGGCAGUUUAGAAAUCCUGGCCAUGAAAAAAAGAGAACUUUUCACCAUGCAUUUAAUCAUUUCACACACGUAGCUAAUUCAGAAGCAAGUUUGAAUUAGCAACAGAUAUCCAAUCACGUGCCUCACCUGUCAAACAGUGACAGAGAGCAUUUACUCCUCCCUUAUAGCUGCCUUCAGUCAUGUCGUAAUUAACGUAAUUCUGAAAUUGACAAUAUGUGGCCUUCUUUCUUCUCUGAGCUCUUCCAAGCAGGGUUGCCAAGUCCUCUGUGGGUUUUUGGGCCGGUUUUGUUGCGAUGACCUAGCAGCCCUGUUUACAAUUCAUACAAUUCAAUUCUCUGAAUUAUGCAUUUAUCCAUUUAGAUUUUGCAUGCUCAAAGUAUACUGUGACGCUGCAUAAUUAACUAUUUAAAGUGUGAAAAGCCAUAUUGUUUAUGUUACUGUAACAAUUUCCUGGUAAUCAUCAGGUUAUUGCAUAUAAUCCGUCCAAUAGCAUGUGAGAUCAGAAUAGUGUGUUAGUAUACUGAAAAGGCCAUAUAUUAUACAGUGUUUUCUGUGGAUUUUUAAAGUGUAAAUUGUAAUGUUUUUAUUUUAUAUCACUUUUAUCUAUUCCUAAUGCUCAAAAAUGCAAAAGCCCAUUUUACACCACUCUUCAAAGAAGUUUGGGUCAGUAAUUUUUUUUCUUAAAGAACUGAAUACUUAAAAAAAAAAAAAAAGUCACCAAAGAAGAAGAACCAAAAAGGGGGUUUCGUAACGAUGGCAUAGAGGAACUGUCACAAGGCAAGCUUGUUGACAGACAAGAGACUACCUGGACUUGAUACACAUGCACACAUCAUUAUUUGAUUAUGCCAGAAUUUACCAUUUUAUAAAUCAUCAUGGUGUUGUCUGUAAAUGUUGUGCCCAUUUCAAAUGAGUAUGAUGUUGUUGUUGUUGUUGGUUUUGUUAGCCAACAUUUUGUUCAGUUGUUCUUUUUAAAGAAUGUCACAAUACGGUUUAAUUUUACAGUUUAAUCUAGUUUUGUCUGGGGGAAGGGGGGAUUUAUUAUUUCUGUGUAUGUGUAAUGUUUUAUUAUUUUAUUUUCUCCUGUGUAUAAUGUAUGGACACUGUUUGUUGAUUUGGUAGCCUCAGCCUCAACCAUUCAUCAAAAGGACUGUGAAAGCGGGAAUUCUUUGAACCACCAGAGGCAGUUUCAACAGGAUGAAAAAGAGCAUACCAGUGGAUGAUGGGGGCACUGACAUUAACCUGCUGUAUUCACUCUAUUACACAUUUUUUAUUUCAAGUACUGGUGGUUUUGAUUUUGUCUGGAUGGCAUGCUGUUCUAACACAAACUAGUCAGAGCUCAGGUACCACUCAAUAUGCUGCCAUAAUCAAUCAUAAAAUUAGAAAUAUUAGUGUCCAUUUUUCAAAUUUGAGAUUUAUAUAUGAUUUAAAGGCUGAAUAAAUAAGCUUACCAUUGAUGUAUAGUUUGUUAGGAUCUAAAAAUUAGGCCGAGAUACAGCUAUUUGAAAAUCUGGAAUGCGAGGGUGCAAAAAAAUUAUAUAUUGAGAAAAUCAUCUUUUUAGUUCUCCAAAUGAAGUUCUU